CAUGGGAAGGAGGAGGAAGGCUUCAAAGGGCUUCAGAGGGAGGGACGGAGAGCUGUAGUAGUAGUAGUAGGGUUAGUUUGGGUCCUGUGGUGGUAUGUGGCAUGGUGUUGUCGCAGUGGGUGAUUGAACGAUCAAUCAAUCGAUGAAGGAGUUGGGGCUUUCGGUUUCUACUUUUAGCCGGGACCCACUUUACAAAACAGAUCAGCUGGGGCUGAUGGGAGGAGAAAAGUGGGGGUUUUGCGAGGCUAGUCCAGCUCAGUCCAGCUUAGCCGUGGUGGUGGUGGUGGCAUCACAGCCUGGGGAACAGUCGUUGCGCUCUGACCCGAUCUUCUCGCCUUGCUCCUCCUACGACGCACCUUUCCUCGCCGCCGUUGCUUGCCAGUGUCGGGACCAUCUAUCUGCAUCACUCCCUUCACCUCGGCUUCUAUGGAUCGCCACUUCCUCGCCUCCUCCUCCUCCUCCUAGCCCACUCUGCGGAAUGCUGUCAGCAGGUCAGUGUUGCACUGUUACUUUGCUGCUCUCAUCGGGCUUGGCUUUGCAACUCGCGAGACACCCUCGUCUGUUUCUGUCGGUUUUGUACUACUUCACUUGCUGGGUUGUAGGAGGUUCUGUGAGUGAGGUGUUCAGUGACACUGGUAGUGGUUUGGAUGUAGGGGAAGGAAUAUGAGGAGGGGAAGAGAGAAAGAGAGUGCGAGUGAGGAAGGAAGGCAACGAGUUUUUGAGAGCGCGAGAUUCGAGAUGUUGAGUGAGGGUGGAGACCUGAGGGAGCGUAAAAGUUGUGUUCAAAGAAAUGGCUGAGAAAUCUUCUACAGUUUAUCGGAGGAUGAUUUGUAUCUGAAUGCGGCAGCGGACCGCUGGUCCAUCUCUGCUGGAGGGAAUUAUAAACGGGCUCGCCGCUUAUUCCAAAACUGCGCGCAAGGUUUUCUUCGAAUAAGAGAAUUUCAAAUUGUGGGCUAGGUAUACGGUGCACUUGUGCACAUUAGUGGUUAGUUUGCGAGGAUCAAACGAGAUCGAUGCUGAAGUGCUAGAGCCUCUCCUUCGAGAGAUCCAAGUUGCGCAGAAUUUUAUCGCCUCUUAUAGCUGUCAAAGCGGGCUGUACAUUGCCACUCACCGCCGAUGUGUGGCGACGCACCCCGAGGACAUCACACAGGAUUUCUCUGCCAUCUGCGGUGCACCAGGAUGCCAAAGGGUGAGGGGGGCACAGUGGCCCAAGGAUUAGGAUUCUGGCGGUUUUUGCUAUGAAGCUUAUGUUGCACUCAUGGAGAUUGUUGGUUUUAUUGUUGCAUUUGGCCUAUCCAAGAACAGAUGGCAGGAAUCCAGAUCCACAAACGCCGGGAUGUUGUUGAGCAUAUUAAGAUGGUGUUCCAAGACUCAACGUGGGGGUUAGAUGAUAUGCAAAUUAUUUCGCAUUCCCAAGUUGCAAAUUUUUAAUUAGCUAUAUUGCUUCUCAAUUUGGUUGAUGUAUGCAGACCAAGUCGCAUUUAUUACUCCUUGAGAAAGCGUGAUCGGGUCACUCUUCGUUUUGAAUGUAGCACUCCUGGUCAGGCAUUGGUAUUGGAGCAAUACAUAUGACUGGAGGGAGCAGACAAGGCAUCUAAUAAAAUCUGCACACGAGCUAAUUUAGCUAAGCAAAGAUUCAAAAGACUGGAUAAGAAGAUCUUAGUUGCGCGGCUUUCAAGGACUCAGCAUUGGAGCAAGAUCUUCUGACACGCAUGUGUGCGGGCGGUUGGGGUUGAGGAUCCAAAGCGGGACGAUUUGAAGUUGACAAACAAGAUGGACGUGCGUAAACGUGACGUGCAGGAUACAAAGGGCGUGGUUGGCAAUGGGUACAACAACCUCUUACAGCAGCCGACUGAUCUAGCCACCCCUUCUGAGGAUCCCAAUGUGAUGUCCCAUCACCAAGAGUAUCGGCGAUUGGAGCCUCUCUACGAAGCCUUCCUAUGUCCUCUCACGAAGCAGAUCAUGCGCGAACCUGUUUGUUUGGAGAAUGGCCUAACUUUUGAAAAGUCUGCAAUCGAGCAAUGGUUGCAAAAAUGUCGAGAUUUAGGGAAGGAGCCAAUCUGCCCCCUGACUGGGAAGCUGAUUACUACUCCGCCGAAGCCCAGCAUUGCCGUUCGGAACACCAUUGAGGAAUGGACCACUCGGAACGAACUGGCGCGCAUUGACAUUGCAAAGGUACUCAUUACUGCCGAUGCCUCGGAGAACGAUGUACUCCAUGGCCUCCGGGAUGUGCAAGUGCUCUGUCGGAAGAAGUUUAACAAGAACAAGAUACGCAACGCUGGCCUAAUUCCUCAAAUUGUGGAUCGCUUGAAGAGUGGAAGAGAGGCCCGGGUUCUAGCCCUUUCCACUCUUCGUAUCCUCGCUGAAGAUGACGAUGAGGCAAAAGCAAUCAUAGGCCAGACUGACAUAUUGCGACAGGCCGUAAAGUGUUUGGCUCGAGACGACCCGACUGAGCGAGAGGAAUCAGUAAAGCUUCUUUACGAGCUAUCAAAUUCUUAUUUCAUGUGUGAGAAGAUCGGUGCAACCAAUGGCGCCAUACUUUUCCUCGUGGGAAUGACCAGCGGCAGCUCUGAGAACAUGGUUGCUGGCGACAUAGCUGACGACGUCUUGACCAACUUGUCAAAAUGCGACAAGAAUGUCCUUCAAAUGGCGGAGAAUGGUCGUGUGCAACCACUUCUCGAUCGCCUCACUCAAGGCGAUGCGGAGGUACGUGUAGAAAUGGCUGAGGUCCUUUCCGAACUGACCUUAACCCCAGAAGCGAAGGCCCGCGCCGGCGAGCUCGUGUCGAGGACGUUAGUGGGGAUGUUAAACAGCAGCUCCUCGUCUUCGGAGAAAGCGGCUGCUCUGAAAGCUCUCCGCAGCAUUUCAACGCUCGAGACCAAUGGCAGCAAGCUCCUGGAGGCGGGGGUGUUGAUUCCUCUAAUGCGCGAUCUCUUUGUCGUCGGUCCCAAUAUGGUCCCCAUGAAACUAAAAGAGGUAGCCGCUACGAUCCUUGCUAAUGUGGUUAACGCCAGCGGAAUGUGGGAGAGCAUCCCCGUCGAUGAUGGCGGCAACACGCUCACAUCUGAGACCAUCAUGCACAACUUCCUCCACUUGAUCAGCAACACCGGGCCCGCAAUCGAGGCCAAGCUUCUCCUGGUGUUAGCAGGGCUAGCGUCAAAGCCGAGAGCCGUGAGCAAGGUUGUCUCCGCCAUCAAAAGCGCGGGCGCCAUAGUCAACUUAAUCCAGUUCUUGGAAGCCACUCAACCCGACCUCCGUGUCGUCUCCGUCAGACUCUUAUACCUGCUGUCGUUCUACAUGUCCCAAGAGCUCGCAGAUGGAUUGCGCGUCACCACACGCCAAUUGAGCACAGUAGUGAAGCUAUUAGGCCAGUCGUCCGCAACAGAGGAGCAAUCCUUCGCCGCUGGAUUGCUGGCCAACCUUCCCUUACAAGACACGCACCUGACGCGCGCAUUGCUCGAUGAGAACGCCUUGCCUACGAUCGUCGAGCGCAUGAAUGAGAUCAGGAGGGGAGUCGUCAAUAUUGGAGGCAGCCGCCACAUCGCGGCGUUUCAGAAAGGCUUGGUGGGAGUCCUCCUCCGAUUCACAUCCGAACUGGACGACCCUGAAUUCGUCGGCGUAGCGCAAGAGCAUGAUCUAACAUGUUUGUUUACGGAGCUCCUGAGAACCUCAACCCUUGACGAGGUGCAACGCUCUUCUGCGGAAGCAUUGGAGAAUCUGUCUGCGAAGUCGCAGCAGCUAUCGAAUGUACCGGAGCCUCCCGCGUCGAUGCCUUUAUGCUCUUUUUUUCCGUGCCUGUUUCAAAGACCGCCCUUGCCCACAACUGACGUGUGUCAGCUACAUGGCGGGGUGUGUUCCGCAAAGACCACGUUCUGUUUGCUGCAAGCGGGAGCCAUUGGGCCCCUCCUUGCGUGUCUUGACCACCGCAAUCCGAGCCUCGUGGAGGCUGCCAUGGCAGCUCUGUCCACAGUGCUGAUGGACACUGUCGACAUCGAUAGAGGCGUUAUGGUAUUAUAUGAAGCGGAUGCAAUACACCCCAUUUUGACAGUCAUGCAGGAGCAUCGCACAGAGGUGUUGCGGCAACGGGCGGUGUGGAUGGUGGAUCGGAUCCUCCGCAACACCGAAAUGGCGCAAGCCAUUUCUAUCGACUCUGGCGUGCACACGUCUCUCGUGGACGCAUUCCGGCAUGGCAAUUUUCAUGCUAAGCAAUCAGCCGAGAACGCCCUGAAAACGUUGAACAGAAUACCGCAAAAUUCUGUGACACUGGCUCCCAUGUUUAGGAGACGGUGAACAUCAUGGUUGCCAUUCGCUUUUCUGUAAUCUGUUUUAUGAAUUCCGUUUCCAACAGCAUAUUUUGGAGGGUUUAAAUGCCAUGUAGAGUGAUUGAAAGUGGAAUUCACAGAGCUUGGAGCAUUGACCAAUUCUGCGUUGAGAGUAAUGGCGUCCAAUUCUUCUGUAUCCUAUUCGAUCGAGGAGAUAGUGCGUCAUUCUUUUUACUUGGCAUGCACGGGUUUUUUCCAGGUUCAAGGUUUACAAUGUGAAGAAUAAGGUUAUUCGAGUAUCCCAUUCUUUUGCCUCGUGGACUUGCUCAGUGACCUACUGUAUUCAAAGUGUAAUAAUGCCAUUUAAGCCGAAGGCUUUUUUUGAGUUAU